AUGGACAACAAAUUAGCAGUGCUCAAGGGUCUACCUGAAGUUGAUAAGAACCGAAUGUCCGCCAUGAUCGACCACCUUCAGCUUCGUGACAGUUUGAGAAUGUACAAUUCGCUUGUGGAGAGAUGCUUCACCGACUGUGUUGAAAACUUCACUCGCAAGACAUUGCAGAAGCAAGAGGAGACCUGCGCGACACGAUGUGCCGAGAAGUUCUUGAAGCACUCGAUGCGUUUGGGCAUGAGGUUUGCUGAGCUUAACUCCCAGGCAGGGACCCAAGAUUAAUGGUAAUAAGAACACACCAUGAGUAGCGGCUUCAAAUGGAAUU